GCGACCUUUCUCCUCACUGCUCGAGCGCGAUCGUCUUUCUUUUCGUAUCCUGUUCUUGUUCCAUCUACCCUACGAAAAAUUUCUACCUUUCUCCCCCCCCUCGUAUUAUAAUGCUGAUGAUCGAAUCGCACCUAGGUCUUUUCUCUGGUUGAGAGCUCCUUGGUGGUAUCCUGAAAUAGGGCUUGCUCCGUCGCUGGUUUCUUGAUUCUUGCUGGAUACGCACUUUUAUUGCGGGAGAGCCCUCUUGCUCUUCCUCUCUGGGUACUGGCGGCAGCCGCAGCUGGAAGUAUUUCUGUGCAUACUCUUAGGGUUCGCGCUGUUGGUGGGAUAUAGUCAUGGAGUAUGGCCCUUCCGAUAGCAGCGAUGAAGGUAGAUGUGUUGUUUGACCCAAUUGGAACUGAUGAUGAUCUUCCACCGUCACAUCAAAAUAGAAAUGCAAGAGGUGGACUUGUUUCUCGGAAUGGCAGACCUGUUGUUGGAGGUCAUGCAUACCCAAGAGUUCAAAAUGAUAUGGAGAGACAAAUUCACCAACUCGAGCAAGAAGCAUAUAGUUCAGUUCUAAGGGCAUUUAAGGCUCAAUCUGAUGCGAUCACUUGGGAGAAGGAAGGUCUCAUUACUGAACUACGAAAAGAACUGAGAUUAUCAGAUGAUGAACAUAGAGAUUUGUUGAGCAGGGUUAACGCUGAUGAAAUUAUUCGGGGAAUAAGGGAGUGGAGACAGUCAGGUGGACUUCAAUCUGGCUUCCUUAGUAAUGUUCAACCCAAUCAUGAUAUUAUACCUAGUCCCUCUGUCUCAGCUUCACGCAAGAGGCAGAAGACUUCUCAAAUAAUACCUCCCCUACCUCUAGGUGUACCAUCUCCUUCAUUGCACUCCCAGCCAAUUGGUGUUCCAAUGCAGUCAUCUUCAGCAGCAAAAAGAGGAGCUCCUGGAGUAAGAGGAAAGAAACCUAAAUUGGGACAAGCAUUGCCUGCUGGAUAUACGCCUACUGGUCCAAGUGGGAGGGGUCAAACUGUAAACAGGAGUUUGGGCGCUAUCACAACUGCUCAUUCAGUUGAAGCUGCACAGUAUGAUCCAUUAAUUGGGCGAAAAGUUAUGACAAGGUGGCCUGAUGAUAAUAAUUUCUAUGAGGCUGUUAUAAGUGAUUAUGAUGCAAUGAAGGGUCUUCAUCUUUUGACUUAUGAUAUAAACACACCAAAUGAGACAUGGGAAUGGGUGAAUCUUGAAGAGAUUUCAGCUGAAGAUAUCAGAUGGGAAGGUGAAGAUCCUUUCACUAACAGAUCAGGUAGGGGUGGGAUAGGGAGAGGCUUUAAGAAAUCCCGAGGGGGUACCACUCCAGCUGCCGGUAGAGGAAGGGGCUUCCUAAAGAACCAACCCAGAAAGGAUUUUCCUCCAACGCAAAAUGGCGUGAAGAAAAAGAACUUGGAUGAAAUAGAGAUACUUAAUACCGAAACACUUAUUAAGGAGGUGGAGAUGAUUUUUGAUGCAACUCAUCUUGAUCCUCUUGAGUUCGAGAAGGCAAAAAAAGUUCUGAAGGAGCACGAGCAAUCCCUUUUGGAUGCAAUUGCGAGGCUUGCUGAUGCAUCAGAUGGUGAAAGUGAUGAUGAUCAUCAUUUAUCCAACGGGCAGUCAAUGGACGUAGAUAGGAACUGGAGGAACCAGCAGUUCAACGGAAAUCAACCUAAAACAAACUAUGAAAAUGAAAUGGCUGUGGUUGGCAGAGAUAGUUUUGGUGGAGAGCGGAUGAUUGCUGAAGGAUGAAUUGAUGAUGAAGCUGUUAUACACAAUUUUUGGUUUGUGGAGAUUAUCUCCCUAUUUAUUAUUCACAAAUGGAAAGUAGCAGGUUCACCUUUGAAUAGUUCGUUUAGAGGGUAAAAAAAAAAAAUCUUUUAAUAUUUUUAUUGAACUGUUCUUACUUCCAGCAGGAUGCUGGUGAUGCCUUUGCCUCUGUAAAAUAAUCUAAUGAACAUCCAUUCCCCGACCCUGUAACUUCAUGGUGGGUUGUGGGUUCCAGUUUUGGCAUUACUAAUUUUUUCACAACCUCUGUUUAGGGUUAAGAGCUUCAAAGAUGUCAAAGAAGAUGAAGUGAAAGGAUAUUUAUCUCUCUUCCAAGGUUGUAACUUUUUUAAUUUCUAAUGAAGGUUUGUCCGCCGUGGAAAAUGAGAAAUAUGGCGAGUACAGUUACCAAUCUGCAUCAUUGGUAACUCGGCAUACCUUUCAUAUAUGGCUUUUGGAUAAACUGCAUUAUCAUAUUGGCGGAUUAAGGGUGUGCUUGGAUUUUAUUUUUUUUUUAUUUGUUUUUGGGGUCAGUUUUAUUGUAUGGAUUGUUGUAAAAUUUUCGUUUAGUUCUUAUUAUUGUAGUUGUAAUAAAGUCAUUUGAUAUCUUAUGGGAAA